UCAAGUAGAGACCAUCCCAGUCAUUAUAAAAAAAAAAAACAAAAAACAAAAUAUUUCACAUUCGAAAUCCUUCGAAAACUCUAAGACACAAAACACAAAAAUGGCUCUGGGCAAUGAGAAUCAGUCCUUCUUCUACGACGACGAGUCGGCCACUUCCCCGGUCAGUGGGCCUUCUGUCAUCCGGCGGAAUGCCCGGGAACGCAAUCGCGUCAAGCAGGUCAACAACGGCUUCAGCCAACUGCGGCAGCAUAUUCCCGUGGCCAUAAUUGCCGAUUUGAGCAAUGGUCGUCGCGGAAUUGGACCGGGUGCCAACAAGAAGCUCAGCAAAGUCAGCACACUGAAAAUGGCCGUAGAGUACAUACGCCGCUUGCAGAAAGUCAUUGAUGAGAACGAUCAGCAGAAGCAGCAGCAGCAGCAGUUGCAGUUGCAGCAGCAACAUCUGCACUUCCAGCAACAGCAGCAGCAACAUCAGCACUUCUAUGCCUGGCAGCAGCAGUUGCAGUUGCAAUCGCCCACUGGCAGCGUGAGUUCCUGCCACAGCAACAACAGCAGCGGCAGCAACAGUUCCUACUACACACCAGCCCACUCAUCGGCGAUCCCAGCAGCAGCCACAUCGUCGGCGUCCUCCGACAUCGUUACCAAGUUGGAAACCAGCUACGAAGACUAUCGCAACAACUCCUGCAGCUCUGGGGCCGAAGACGAGGACAUCCUAGACUACAUAUCCCUCUGGCAGGACGAUCUGUAGGUUGCCCAUCCUCAAAGUCCACUGCAAUCGCUAGUCGCUUUCAACCAUCACAACACACAACAAACCAUUGAUUGCCCAACAAGUAUUACCUCAGCCACAAAGUAUUUAUACUCCCCAAAUGAUUUUUUUUUCGACUGUACAAAUUAGUUUUUAAGUCUUUAUAUAGUUUAUAAGACUAGCUCGUAGAUGGAAGACAAUGUAAACUUAAGAACAUCUUUUUUUAAC